CUUUGCUUCUGAUUAGAAGGUGUCGGAGGUUCCGAAGACGGGACGGACUUGGGACAACUAGUGCGGAAUGGCCCUGCAAUGAAGGGGGCGUCCUCUGCUGACCAGUGCGAGACGGGCGAGGGAGGGCCCUGGUACAUGCCCUUCUACGUCGACAGCAUGCCCUUCCGGCAGCGGAGGCGGCAGGGCGCCAUCCAGACUCUCGAACGGGACGUAGAAAGGAUGCGCACCGACAUCGGCGAAAUCUUGCAGUCCGUCCGCUCCUCCCCCGGCAGAGAGCUUCAUGACGGCGACGUCUUCCCCCUUCGCGCGAAAGUGGAGCAGCACGCCUCCCUUCUGGACGAGAUGAGGCGGCAGCAGGAGUCCAUCUUGCUUCAGCAGAGCGAGCAGGAGACGCUAAAGGAGGAUUUGAAAAGUGUCAAGGAAGAAGUGCAGCGGCUGAGGGGGCCUUUCCUGUCCGCCGCCUGGUGGGCGGGCUGGGACGGCUGA